GGGGGCAGGGCAGUAGGGCGGAGAAUAACCUUGCUCAAUGAUCAUGAUAGACACCGUUUAGUACCUGUCUCACAUUAGGCGAAUUGUAUGAAAAACACUUGUCUUAGUAGAUUAAUCAGGAUGAAGAUUGAUAUUCAUAAUCACAUUUUACCCAAGGAAUGGCCCAAUCUGAAAGAGAGAUAUGGAUAUGAUGGAUUUAUCCAGCUUCACCAUCACUGCAAGGGGGAAGCAAAAAUGAUGAAAGACGGGAAGUUGUUCCGUGUGAUCCAGGAGAACUGUUGGGAUGCAGACGCAAGGAUUCGGGACAUGGAUGCACACGGGGUGACGGUCCAAGCCUUGUCCACAGUGCCUGUCAUGUUUAACUACUGGGCCAAACCUCAUGACACCCUGGACCUGUGUGGGAUCCUGAAUGACGACCUGGCUAAGACAGUGGCGCUCCACCCCCGACGCUUCGUGGGGCUGGGUACCCUGCCCAUGCAGGCUCCUGACCUGGCUGUGCUGGAGAUGAAGCGUUGUGUUAGGCAGCUGGGCUUCCCUGGUGUCCAGAUCGGCUCCCACAUUAACACCUGGGAUCUUAACGCCCCAGAACUCUACCCAAUCUAUGCUGCUGCUGAGGAAUUGAGCUGUUCCUUGUUUGUACACCCAUGGGACAUGCAGAUCGAUGGGAGGAUGGCCAAGUACUGGCUCCCCUGGUUAGUGGGUAUGCCAUCCGAGACUACCAUGGCCAUUUGCUCAAUGAUCUUCGGAGGUGUCUUUGAGAGAUUUCCCAAGUUGAAGGUCUGCUUUGCUCAUGGAGGGGGUUCUUUCCCGUUCACUAUUGGCCGAAUUGAACAUGGGUUCCAGGUCCGACCUGACCUCUGUGCUGUGGAUAACAAAGUCAACCCACGGAAAUACCUGGGCUCCUUCUACACUGACUCCUUAGUGCAUGACCCCAUCGCCCUCAAGCUACUUAUUGAUGUGAUUGGAAAGGAUAAGGUGAUGUUAGGAACAGACUAUCCAUUCCCACUGGGUGAGCUGCAGCCAGGAACAUUAAUAGAGUCCAUAAAAGAGUUUGAUGGUGGUUUAAAGGACAAACUGCUUGCAGGCAAUGCACUGGACUUUUUGGGGAUUAAAAGAGAACAAUUUCAGUGAUUUACAGCAUGAAGAUAUUGUCAAAACAAAAAUGGAAAACAAUGUUUGACUUUCAAAUUACUCUUGAGUAUUGGCAGGUCCAUAAAACAAAUACAACCUAUUGCGUGACCAAAAUGUAAAUAUUUAAUUCUGAAGAUAUUUUUCAUCUAUUUAGCUAAUUUAUCGUGAUUUUUGUUUACAGUGUUGGAAGUCAUCUGUGGUCAACACUCUUUUUGCUGUUUAUGGCUAAAUAAAAUUGAAUGUUCAUUUCAAA